UGAAAUGACGUCUAAAUUGAUGAACGGACAAUUAUUGCCCCAAUUUUCCAAACGAUGCUCAUUUUGCAAAUUGAGAAAGAUUUCAACUGCUCCUCAAAUUCUUUCAAUAGAGCUGAUUAAAGUGCAACAACCAAGCUUUCUCUUGAUUAGGUCAUGUUCUAAUUAUUCAUCAAACGUGAUUGAAAGGGAACCGUCUGAUCCAAUCACAGAAAUUGUCACUGAUUCAUCUGAGCAAACUGAUAAUUCACACUCAACUCCCGUGAAAAGAUUUCUUGACGAAGUGAAAUUACGUGCAGAACUUAGUGGGAAGUUGGAGAAAGUGAGAGUUAAACAUGUAGGUCAUAACAAGAAUAUGGAGGUUGAGGUGAACAGAAAUUACUCCACGCCCCUGGACGUGGCCAGACAUCUGGGGAGGAAUUACGUCACACUGUCGGCCGUAGCCUUGCUCAAUGCAUCCAAAGUGGUCGAUAUGAAUCAAGCUAUCAGUGAAAAGGAAAACGUCACACUGCAGUUUGUCUGGUUCAAAAACCAACAACAGCAAGAUCCACAUCUGGCCAACAAGACCCUCUGGAACACAUGCUCACUGCUAUCUGGCGCCGUUUUGGGCGACAUUUUCAAAGAAACAAUCAAAGUUAUCCCUCACUUGUCUACUCCUGAUUUGACUGCCACGGAAGGAGCGUUUGGUUUUGAGUUCGAACUGGUUAAAACUGACUCGGAUGAAGACGACAGGCUAAAUUGGACUGCCAGCCAAUCAGAGUUGAGUUUUGUAAACAGAAAACUCAGGAGUUUCAUUUAUUCCAAACCAGAUAUUUACGGACUUGACUGUGGAUUGAAAAGUGCAGAAAAGGUUCUAGGUGCUGACUCGUCCAACUUGGCAGUGGCCAAACAUAUCCUCUCCCAUUUCGGAGACAGUGUGAACCACAAAGUGAGACUGUACCUCUGUGGGGGAUCCCCCUCCUCCCCCUCCUCUGCCAUCCACCUCCACCCCGGUCCACUGCUUCCCAAUGUGCACUUAGUGGGGCAGAUGGAGAUCACUGCUGUUUACCCUCUAGGAUGCACUGGUUUGAAUGGAGCAUCACUGCACAGAAUAGAAGGAGUGGCCUUACCAUCUGUACUGCAUGCACACCACUGGCCUUGGACAGUUUUGACAAGUGCUGCGAGAGAAGAUGCACUAUCCAGACAAACUCUAAUGCCUCCAAACUCUAUCGAAUCUUUUGCUGAGUGGUACAAGAAUGAAUGCAAAUGGAGAAAUAAUUCUGUUGUUUAAAUAAUAACCCUAUUUUGUUUUCUUUCGGCCGUUUUUAUUCGAGUGUCUAUGAGCAAGCCUGGUAUGUUUAUAUUUUGCGCUUAAAAGGGUUUU